AUGUCUCUCAUUGUGGCUGGUGCGACGGGUGCCAUUGGCCGCUGUGUAGUGCGUGAGGCCCUGCGGCGGGCGGAGUUCACACAAGUCGUCGCCCUCACCCGUUCAUCCGUAGGAAAAACAAUAACACCAGGAACAACAUUAACAGGAAUACCAUCCACAACAAGAAGAGCUUCUGCCAGUGAUGUUGAAAAACUAUUUGGCUUUAAAGUUUCUGCAGAGGAAGGCGCAGAUUUAUUGACGGCGACGCAGCUUGAGCGUCUGCGGCUGUUAACAUUCGACUGGGAGUUAUUCUGCAACUUUUGGGCAGCGAGGCGGGAUAAACUCGCCGGCGGCGUUGUGCCCACAUCGCAGUACGUUGGCGGCAGUUACGAAUCAGCGGAAGUGUACUACACCGAAGUGUUCAGCGGCCACAAAUAUGCGGCGAUGUGUCUUGGCACUACACGCCGAGAUGCGGGAAGUGCGGCGGCGUUUGAGCGUUGUGAUUAUGAAUACGUUGUGAACUUUGCUGAGGCGCUGGAGGUAUUUAGUGGUAACACCCUCUCUACGUACGCACAGGUAAGUUCGCAUGGGGCAAAUGAGAAAUCAUGGUUUCUUUACAUGAAAACAAAAGGGAAGGCGGAUGCAGCCGUAGAGGCACUUCAAUUCCCGCGUAUUUGUAUUUACCGUCCUGGUGUGCUCGAUCGUGGGGACAAGAGUCGAUUUAAUGAAAAGAUGAUACACUUAUUUACGCGUGGAAUACCUGUUGAAGUAUGUGGUCGUGCGAUCGUAAGUGAUUUUGUACACUGCGGCAGUAAGGGUAGCGAUAGUGCACCAGGGACAGCAUCAUGGAAGUGUGCGGGAAAAGAAGUGAAACCCGCAUUAUCAAAUAAGGCGAAAUCAGAUGCUCAAGUUUUUGUCUUUUCAAACGACAGUAUAAAAAUAGAAGCUGCAGGAUUGGUAUAA